GUCUUGCUCCUCUAUCGGCAGUCGUGUGACAGCGUUUGAACAGUCUGGUGGUGUGGCAGUGUGACCUCUUAUACCAAGCGGCACGGGACUCUGCCUAAGCGUGCACUCAACACGCUACUCGGCUCGACAUGACUCUGCAAAGGUUCCUGGCAGCAGCGUUGGUGGUGGCGGCGACGGCGGCGCUGGUGAAGGCUGAGGCUGAAGCCGAGGCCGAGGCUGAUGCCUUCCACAACGGCUUUCCCGCCGGGGGACACGGCAGGUUUCCCGGCGGUGGGCGCAGCCUCAACGCGGGUCCCGGAAGCAGGAUAGGAGGGGGCGACAGCCAGUGCGCCCUGCUGCUGCCCGGGCCCGGCAAGUCCCACAACAGAGACUAUGCCCUCGGGGUGUUCAACGGCAUUGGCCUGCCCAUUGAACGCGAGGGCUUCACCUGCAUCACCUUCCAGUCAGUCGAUGCGGCGUUCAAGGCGGCGAGGGAUCGUCUGGGUCUGCCUCGCCCCAGCCCCAAACCUGACCCCCGCGACCUGGGCAACCUGGGACUCGUGCUGACGGAGACGACGCGGAACCUGGCCAAGCAGUACAACUUGCCCAAGGACGUGUUACUGAACGGCAUGCCACUCAUCGAUACCUUCCGUACGAUCAUCGGGAAAGUGUGUCCAGACUUUAUGAAGCCUACGAAGUGUGAGCUGCAAAGGUAUCGUCACUACAACGGUCGCUGCAACAACCUUGAAAACCCGCUCUGGGGCUCCACGAACACAGCCUUCAAGAGGAGACUGCCCCCCGCCUACGCUGACGGUAUCGACGCGCCCCGCACUGGCCACGACGGGUACCCGCUGCCGUCUGCCCGUGUCGUGUCCGCCCACCUCCACCGCGACGAGGGACUCCACGACCAUGCUGUGACCAUCAUGACUGUGGCGUGGGGACAGGCCAUCGACCACGACAUGACCCUCACCGCCGAGACCAAGGAUCCCAUCACCAAUAGCGACCCCCAGUGCUGCAAGGGUUCCACUCAUCCAGAGUGCUUCCCCAUUCACAUCCCCGACGAGGACCCCUUCUACUCCCUCUUCGGCCAAAAGUGCAUCCCGGUGGUCCGCUCCGUGCCCGGCGUCCGAUACGGUUGCAAGUUGGGUCCUCGCUCGCAGAUCAACCAGAUCACCUCCUUCCUGGACGCUAAUUGGGUGUACGGCAGCGAGGGCGGUCACGCCGGCAACCUGAGGCUGCACCGCGGAGGCCUCAUGAAGUCGCUGCCGGUGUUCCGUGAGUUCGGCAUGAAGGACCUGCUGCCGCUUAAGCUGGAGCAUCCCGGGGAAGGCUGCAUCAGGCCCAGCGAAGAUGUGUACUGCUUCGAUGCCGGCGACGGGAGGGUCAACGAACAGCUGGUGUUGACAGUGGUGCACACGCUGCUCAUGAGGGAACACAACCGCGUCGCCACGGGGCUCUACCAGUACAACCCGCACUGGGACGACGACAAGCUGUACCACGAGACGAGACACAUCCUGGCGGCCAUCGUGCAGCACAUCACCUACAACGAGUUCCUGCCCAUGGUGCUCGGGAAGGAGGUGAUGCAGAAGUACAAUAUCAUCCUGGAGAAGCACGGCUACUUCAACGGCUACGACCCCAAGGUUGACCCCAGCAUGUCCAACGACUUCAUCACCUCCGCCUUCCGCUUCGGCCACUCCCUGCUGCCCUCCACCAUCGAGCGCUGGAGCCCUGGCAACAAAUACAUUGGUUCCCAGCGGCUGAGUCACAUGCUGCGGCAACCCUAUGACCUGUACAAGGGAGGGUGGUGCGACCAGUACAUCAUGGGCCUGACCAACCAGGUGGCGCAAGCUAUGGACGACUCUGUCACGCAGGAGGUCACCAAUCAUUUGUUCCAAGACCCAGACCGCCGCUGGGGCAUGGAUCUCGCCGCCAUUAACAUGCAGCGCGGACGUGAGCACGGCGUCAACUCCUACAACGAAUUCCGGGAGUUCUGCGGCCUCCCGAGGGCACGCACCUUCCAUGACCUGCUGGGAACCAUGACCAACAAGACCGUAGGCCGAUACCAAGACGUGUACAGACACCCUGAUGACAUCGAUCUGUGGAGCGGCGGUGUGAGCGAGCGUCCCCUGCCCGGCUCCAUGAUCGGGCCCACCUUCAACUGCCUCAUCGGCCUCACCUUCAAGGAGCUGCGCCACGGCGACAGGUUUUGGUACGAGAAUGAAGGCUUCCCCUCAAGCUUUACCCUAGAACAACUCGAUGAGAUCCGAAAAGUUAAGCUGUCCAGGAUUAUCUGCGACAACAGCGACGACAUCAAACACAUGCAGGUCUACGCCAUGGUGCUGCCCGACAACGAAAUAAACCCACGCGUGCCCUGCAACUCCGGAAUCCUGCCGCGGAUGGACCUCAGCAAGUGGCGAGACCCCCACGGCCCGCAACCUCUUCCGCCCCACGCCCACGUGCUCGAGCAACAGCUUGACAUCCCACUGCAAACAAAAAAUCAUUUCAAAUCCCCAACGGACUUUUCACAGACCAAGCUCCCCUCCCAUCCCCCUAAACAAGCGCCCAACGCACACCCACACCCGCCCCCACACCCACCUCCCCACGCUAAGCCUCCCCACCCCCAGCCCCCACAGUUUGGCCCCGUCAAGCAGUCCUCCGAACUUCAUGUAUCCGGCCCCUCCUCCUCUUAUGGCCCGCCCCCCGGCCCCUCCUCCUCUUAUGGCCCGCCCCCCGGCCCCUCCUCCUCUUAUGGCCCGCCCCCCGGCCCCUCCUCCUCUUAUGGCCCGCCCCCCGGCCCCUCCCCCUCCUACGGCCCUCCCCCACCGGUCCCAUCGUCAUCCUACGGACCCCCGCCCCCUUCCGGCAGCUACGGACCCCCGCCGCCCUCUAACAGCUACGGCCCCCCGCCCCACCCUGAGCCUGUCCCCGAGCCGGAGCCCCACCACGGUCCCCCCGCCUCCUACGGGCCGCCCCCUCCCAGGCCUCAUCACCACAACUUCAACGCUCCCGGGGAAUACUGUGAAGGCGACUUUAGACCUCUGCCCCCCGCCCCCCAUUACGGCCCCCCGCACCCCGUGACCUUCGGGGGGCACUACGGCGGGAGGCCGAACCCCAUCAGGCGAUUUUUCGGAAUGUUCGGCCUCUAGGGAUGAGUCGCCUCGGCUGACAACGCUGUAAAUUAUUUUUAUCAUUAUUAUUAAUAUUAUUUUAAUGUAACAAUAGUUUUGGGUGACGUGCUCAUGACAAGGGUGUACGUGUGUGUGUGUGUGUGUGUGUGUGUGUUCGUCAUGCAGCUUUUGCCCUGUCUUAUGCCAAAUUCACACACCAAGACACACCCAGGCUGUGUAUUCAUGCCCGUGUGGAUAACGCAUGAAUGGCCCCGCUGUGCCGCUAUACACACAUAAUUACGUAUGCGUGCAAGCCACAGACGGGGAAGAAUAAUACUCAACGGAUAUUUCUAACAUUUUCACCUCCUCUGUCUGUCUGUCACCGCCGAGCACACCUGAACACCUGUUACCCGCAACCCAACUCUCGUUCGCCCGUUGUUCGAUGCCCUGUGCUGCCCAAACCUGUAACAUCUCCUCCACACAUCCCUAACGUCCCUAACAUUAGUUCCACACAUUAUAACAUCACAUACAUAACUGCAACAUCUCCCACACACCUGUAGAAUCUCCCCCACACAUCUGUAACAUCCCCAUACACCUGUAGCAUCCCAAUAUUCCUUCCACACAUCUGUAACAUCUACCAAACACUUAACAUCAUCCCCCCACACCUUAACAUCUCCCACUCACCUAUGACAUCUCCCACACACAUGCAAAAUUUCCCCCACACAUGUAGCCUUCCCCACACACCCGUGCCCCACACACCUGUGCCCCACACCUACACUCCACCUCGUGAGUGUCGCUGUUUUUAAGUCGACACUCCUGCUCACUGCCUCGUCCUCCCUCCCACACAUCUUCCUUCCACUCUACCCCUAACCCCUUAUGUAUAUAUAUAUAUUUGUGUAUACUUGUAUAUUUCUUGUUUACCUCAGACUACAAAAUUUUUACCUUAUAAGCUUAAGUUACCACAUGGUAUAGAGGAAGGACUCGUAAUAAUAAACUAUUUUCGUAUU